AAUUUCACAUUCAUCUUAGGUUCCCAACCUUUAAAGUGUCAUCCACACAUAGACUGAACUACUUUUAGUAUUUUUCUGGGAUAUUGACCUUUAUUUUAUUUUUGGAACAAUGGCUAAAGCAUUGAUUGUGGCAUUCCUCUUUUGUAUUGCUGUAGCCACUGUUGUUUCAACAGAAUCUGCAUCAACAGAAUCUGCAUCACCAGGAACUCUACCAACAGGAUCUCCAUCAACAGGAACUGCUUCAACAGAAUCUGUAUCAACAGGAUCUGCAUCAACAGGAACUGCUUCAACAGGAUCUCCAUCAACAGGAUCUGUAUCAACAGGAACUGCUUCAACAGGAUCUGCAUCAACAGAAUCUCCCCCAACAGAGGGUUCAAGUGUUUCACCGAACACAGGAUCCCCCCAAACGAACGCUCCCUCCACACCAUUACCUGGAACUCCAAAACCUCCAGGUGUUUGUGGUUCAAACCCAUGUCCUGUUGGAAGCACCUGUGAGGAACGAUUCAACCAGACUUUCUAUUGCUUGUGUCGUCCUGGUGAAGCUUAUAGCCAUCCAUUCUGCCUAAGGACAAAGGUCUUCCCUGGACUGUUAGUCUGGGAGAAAGAAUUUCUGCCUGAUAUGGCUGACAAAACAUCUAAAAUUUUUUUGGAAAUUUCUAUGAAUAUUCACUCUGAGGUUAGCAAACAAUUUGAAGGUAAAUCCGGAUAUCUUGGAAUUGAAGUGCUGGAGCUCAGGAGAAAAGAAACAAAAGAGAGGUCACAAUCCUUUAUUGAAGCAUCAGUAAACAUUGUCUAUGACUCAAGUGAAAUCACUGCAAAUGAUGUAAAAGUAAUAGUGGAAGGCAGUCCACUAGCAGGAAGCUUUACAGUCAAAACCCUUUGUGAUUCCAAUCCAUGUGACACUUCGUCUUCAACGUGCAGUCCUACAGAAGGCAGUUUCAAAUGCGCCUGUAAAAGUGGCUUUAUAGAAACAGAUUACAGUGAAAACUUAUGCGUGGCAUGUCCCAGUGGUCAGGGAGUUGUGGACAACAAAUGCGUAAACUGUCACUUUGGUUAUACUGGUUUCAACUGCAAGGACAAUACGUUGUUGAUCGUUGUGAUCGUUUGCUGUAUCAUCGGAUUUCUGCUGAUCGCUGCAUUGAUCGCUUUGCCAUUGGUAGUGAAAAAAUCCAAGAAGAAAAGCUCCAAGGCAAAAGAGGAAGACAUUGGAAAACCCUAUCAAAGUCAUUCUAUUGCCAAGGCCCCACUAUCCUACGGCAAUGGCAACAGCAACGACUUUUCCGCUUCAGUUAAAGAGCCAACAAAUUUUGGGGCCCCUCGAAUCCCACGGGCCACAGCCAACAGCAACUGGGAUAGCAGGACCAACCUGGAGAUGACUCCGAGCAACAGUCGGCAAAACUUGAUUCCUUCAGGCAUUAACUCGCGACUCAACGACAACCAAGAUGACAUGUACUCGUACUCCCAGAAUCGACCCAGAAACCACCCUUACGAGGAGAUCCAACCCAAGAGCAACCCUUAUUCCCAGAACCGAGCCUCAAACCCUUACGCUCAGACCCGAAGCCAGACAAACCCUUACUAUACUUAAGGAGAGGGAAGCUGAAUCACUUCAGGGGUUCCUACCACGGUGUUUUCCCCAAGUGACAACAAUUCAUUGUAACCCCCUGAUAUAAACAGAAGCAUAUCAGCUAAGACGUGCAAUGUAAUGUAGUAGAUAUUAUUGUAUCGUGUGCCUUUAAUACUUUUAGCUGUUGAUGUGUGACUUCUAUCCUAUACGCUGUGAUAAACCAAUCUGUCUCUCAUUAUUUAAAUCUUUUACAUUCUUGUAUUCUGAGUCGCCUGUCGUUCUGUAUCCUGCAUGAACAAUUUAUACCAUGUUUAAUUUUCUUUGUGUUCAUCUAUGAAUUUAUUACAGUUGUUUUUUUGCUCAGCAUUUUAAUUUGAGUCUCAGUUUUAUGUUUAGCUAAGUUUUGUUAAAUGAGAUGAGCUGAAAAUUUCUGAAUGUGAAGAUGUUCAUCAUAUUUCAAUAUAUUUUAUAUAGUAAAAUCCUUUAUAAUAUAAUUCCAAUAGUUUACAAUAUUCAGUAAUGCUUGUAUCAUUUUUUUUUAUUUCUUCAUGUGAUGGAUUUAACUGAAAAGCUUUAAAUCAGAGAUAACCUGUAUUUCAAAUUUUUAUAUGGGUUAAUAAAGAUUGGAUUGCUGAUUUUCAAGUUUCAAAUGUUUUAUAAAAAGUAUCUUGGACACAAAAACAUAAUUUUAAUGUUUCUACCUCUGAUUCAGACAGUUUAGGUCAAAAUUCUCUCUUCAAUAAAAACAAUACAUUCAUAA